CUACCACACCAAGCAGCGUACAAGAUAAUUGCGAUAUUCAAUAGAUAAAGGGAAGAGGCUAACUUGUACAUUUAAAAAGAUGUAGAAGCAAAUGAUGCUGGUGCUUCCGAAGAACAAGGCUUGUGUCCUCCGUAUUCGACUGUCGAGAAAAGCGACAAUAAUGGGGAAAGGUAAGCUCAUCAACCAACAUCAGGAUGAAAAUAUCUUACAACGUUGCUUAUAUAUAAUAUUCUAGUGAUGCUAAUCUCGUUGACGCGGCUACUAUAUGUUCCCAGACUACUGGUCGCUUUGAGCAGCAAGGCAAGACAAAAUAUGCUGGGCCUUGUUUUUGUGUGUGUAGAUGUCUUCUGGUUAUUACAACUUUAUGCAGAUUUCGACAAAUUUUUAUUGAAGCUCCCCGCCCAAAUUUCCUAUAGUGCAUACUACUCGUAUAGUUCCAGACAUGCUCCUUACUGUCAAAAUAUAAUACGUUCAAUCAAUAGUACAAUAUAAGGUUAAGCCAUAUAUGACGGCAAAUUCUAUAAAGAAGGUUUACUAGGGCCAUCUAUCUAGUGUUUAUUCAGCUUUACUACAAAUAAGCCAUCUUUAGAGAUUCCGUGUCAUCAAAUUUUUCUUAGAGACCUUAUGAUAAAAAGAAUAGAUGGACCAAUCCUGUCAUUGCAUAUUUUACCACCACCAUUAUUCGAAUUGUAUCCACUUUUGUGUUUAUGUCAAUGUAAUACAAACGGU